AUGAACAGCCAGGGGGACACCGAAAAUCGCGUCAUCCUCAACGUGGGCGGCAUCCGCCAUGAGACCUACAAGGCGACCCUCAAGAAGAUCCCCGCCACGCGGCUGUCCCGCCUGACGGAGGCGCUGGCCAACUACGACCCCGUCCUCGAUGAGUACUUCUUCGACCGGCACCCGGGCGUCUUUGGGCAGAUUCUCAACUACUACCGCACCGGAAAGCUGCACUACCCUACCGACGUCUGCGGGCCCCUUUUUGAGGAGGAACUGGAGUUCUGGGGCCUCGACUCAAACCAGGUAGAACCGUGCUGUUGGAAGACGUACACGCAGCACCGAGACACCCAGGAGACGCUGGCCGUCCUCGAUCGCCUCGACCUGGACACGGAGAAGCCGUCAGACGAGGAGAUUGCCCGCAAGUUUGGCAUGGAGGAUGACUACCUCAAUGGGACGCUCAGCUGGUGGCAGCGCCUCAAACCGAAGCUCUGGUCCCUCACCGACGAGCCGUACAGCAGCAAUGCGGCCAAGGUGGUCGGCCUCCUCUCCGUCUUCUUCAUCUGCGUCUCCAUCGUCAGCUUCUGCCUGAAGACGCACCCCAACAUGCGCGUGCCUGUGAUAUCGAACGUGACCGUGCUCACCAGCUGGAACAGCAGCGCCUGGGUCCUCGACAAGAACCAGACCAAUCCGCAUGAGGCCUUCUUCUACAUUGAGUGCGUCUGCAAUGCCUGGUUCACCAUUGAGAUUAUCACCAGGUUGACCUGUGCGCCCAAUAGGCUCAUUUUUAUUAAGGGCGCCGUCAACCUGAUCGACAUCACCGCGACGCUCUCCUUCUACAUUGACCUUCUGCUGCAGAGCUACUACUCGCACCUGGAGAACGCGGACAUUCUCGAGUUCUUCUCCAUCAUUCGCAUCAUGAGGCUGUUCAAGCUGACGCGCCACUCGGCCGGCCUCAAGAUUCUCAUUCAGACGUUCAAGGCGAGCGCCACCGAGCUGAUACUGCUCGUCUUCUUCCUCGUCCUCGGCAUCGUCAUCUUCGCCAGUCUGGUGUACUACGCCGAGAGGAUACAGUCCAAUCCGGAGAAUGACUUUAACUCGAUACCGCUCGGGCUGUGGUGGGCGCUGGUCACCAUGACCACCGUUGGCUAUGGCGACAUGGUCCCCAAAACGUACGCCGGCAUGUUUGUGGGCGCCCUCUGUGCACUGGCCGGUGUGCUCACCAUUGCACUGCCCGUUCCCGUCAUUGUGUCCAACUUUGCG